AAGAAAUGUUUGAAUUCUGAACUUUGGCAUGCAUGUGCUGGUCCUUUGGUGUCUCUUCCACCUGUUGGAAGCCGAGUUGUUUACUUUCCACAAGGUCAUAGUGAACAGGUUGCUGCUUCUACUAACAAGGAAGUAGAUGCUCAUAUACCGAACUAUCCGAGCUUACCCCACAACUUAUCUGUCAGCUUCACAAUGUGACCAUGCAUUACAGGCAGAUGUGGAAACAGAUGAAGUGUAUGCUCAAAUGACCUUGCAGCCACUGAGUCCACAAGAGCAAAAGGAUGUCUACCUACUGCCUGCAGAACUAGGUGCUCCCAGCAAACAGCCAACCAAUUAUUUUUGUAAAACACUAACAGCAAGUGACACUAGCACUCAUGGAGGAUUCUCUGUUCCGCGCCGUGCUGCUGAGAAAGUCUUUCCUCCUCUUGACUACACCCAGCAACCACCAGCUCAAGAGUUGAUUGCCAGGGAUCUUCAUGACAAUGAGUGGAAAUUUAGACAUAUAUUUCGAGGGCAGCCAAAGAGGCAUCUUCUUACAACUGGGUGGAGUGUUUUUGUAAGUGCAAAGAGACUAGUUGCCGGUGACUCAGUCCUUUUUAUCUGGAAUGAUAAGAAUCAAUUGUUGUUGGGUAUACGGAGAGCAAACCGUCCUCAGACUGUUAUGCCUUCUUCAGUUUUAUCAAGUGAUAGCAUGCACAUUGGUCUUCUUGCUGCUGCAGCUCAUGCGGCUGCGACCAAUAGCCGUUUUACUAUAUUUUACAACCCAAGGGCUAGUCCUUCAGAGUUUGUCAUUCCUCUUGCCAAGUAUGUUAAAGCUAUCUCUCACACCCGGAUUUCUGUAGGCAUGCGGUUUAGAAUGCUGUUUGAGACAGAAGAGUCAAGUGUCCGACGAUACAUGGGUACAAUAACUGGCAUUAGUGACUUAGAUCCUGUUCGCUGGCCAAAUUCGCAUUGGCGCUCUGUUAAGGUUGGCUGGGAUGAAUCCACUGCAGGAGAGAGGCAGCCAAGAGUUUCCUUGUGGGAGGUUGAACCGUUAACAACCUUCCCUAUGUAUCCAUCUCCCUUCCCCCUGCGGCUGAAGCGACCAUGGCCGUCUGCACUACCCUCCUUCCAUGCUUUCAAAGACGGUGAUAUGAGCAUUAAUUCCCAAUUGAUGUGGCUUCAAGGUGGGGUCGGGGAUCAAGGACUUCAGUCUUUAAACUUCCAAGGAUUUGGAGUUGCACCUUGGAUGCAACCAAGGCUUGAUACUUCUUCAAUACCAGGUGUACAACCUGAUCUUUACCAAGCAAUGGUGACUGCAGCACUUCAGGAUAUGAGGACAGUUGAUUCCUCCAAAAUAGGCUCUCAAUCUCUCUUGCAAUGCCAGCAAAACCAGAGCACAUCCACUGGGCUGCCUGCUCUAGUUCAGAGGCAAAUGUUACAACAGUCCCAAACACAAAAUGGGUUUCUUCCAAGUUUUCAGGAGAAUCAGACUGCUUCACAGGUUCAACUUCUGCAGCAGUUGCAGUGCCCCAAUUUGUACAGUGACCAGCGACAAAAGCAGCAGCAGCAACAGUCUCAAGAAACACAGCAACUGCCACCUGUUCCACAGCAGAUUUCUAAUGUAAUCCCUGCUUUUCCUUCUGUGUCAGCCAACCAAGCGCAGUCAUCUCUGCCAGCUGUUGAUUCACAAUGCCAGCAGUCGACAUUUUCCGACCAUCUUGGGAACUCCGUAGCUACAUCUGAUGUUUCUUCUAUGCAAAGUAUCUUAGGUUCAUUAUCCCAGAUGGGAGCUUCCCAUUUACUCAACUUGAAUGGAUCAAACCCAAUUCUCUCUUCUUCUACUUUCUUGUCCAAGCCUGCAGCUAUUGAACCACGGCUUUCAUCCGGAGUGGCCAACUCUGUACUUCCCCAGGUUGAACAGUUGGGAACUGCACAAUCAAAUGCAGCUGAACUUAACAACUUAUUACCUCCAUUUCCUGGAAGGGAGUAUUCUGCUUACCACAAUGCAACUGAUCCACAGAACAAUCUUCUCUUUGGGGUUAGCAUUGAUUCCUCGUCUCUUAUGCUGCAUCAUGGGAUGACAAACCCGAAAAGCAUCAGAAAUGAGAAUGAUUCGAUGUCCCUUCCGUACGCUGCUUCAAAUUUCACAAGUGCUUCUGGCACAGAUUUUCCUCUUAAUUCAGACAUGACUACCUCAAGUUGUGUCGAUGAAUCAGGUUACUUGCAGUCCUCUGAAAAUGUGGACCAAGUAAACCCUCCAACUGGAACCUUUGUCAAGGUUCACAAGUCGGGGUCCUUUGGGCGCUCAUUGGAUAUUUCCAAGUUUGGCAGCUAUGAUGAGCUGCGCUGUGAGCUUGCUCGACUAUUUGGCCUUGAAGGCCAAUUAGAGGACCCUCAGAGAUCAGGCUGGCAGCUUGUAUUUGUUGACAGGGAGAACGAUAUUCUUCUCCUUGGUGAUGACCCAUGGCAGGAAUUCGUGAACAAUGUGUGGUAUAUCAAGAUACUAUCCCCACUUGAAGUACAACAAAUGGGGAAAGGUCAGAAUCCUGCUACUUCUAUUCCGAACCAAAGGCUUACCACCACCACCGCUACCACCACCAGCAGCAAUGGCAACCACUGCGAUGACUACAUGAGCAGACAGGACUUGAGAAGUUCUGUUGCAUCAAUGGGGUCUCUUGAAUACUAAAUGAAAAUCAUCCUCAGGAAUGAAUAAAGUUUUAGAGGAAAUGAAAAUGGAAAGUUGAAGGUGAUAAAUCAUGAAUGUUGUAGGUGUUAUAUGGUACUGUUAGUAAUAUGUAAGCAUAUCUAUUGAUACAACAUCAAUUGAAGAUUUACCCUUGCUGCCUGGGACCUAGGUUGAUAUUGAAGCUUUUAUGUCAAGACUACUACUGUACUGUUGGGAAAAUUAUAAGUGGAAAUAUGAUUCUCCGACUCUACAUUAUUCUAA